AUGGCAUCUCUCCUCUCGAGCGCGACAAAGGUUGCCCACUCUGCCGCUGUAUCUCUGAUGGCCGCCGCUGAGGUGAAGGUCGGCUCCACCAUUGCCACUGCGGUGCCUGUGAAGGAAAACGAGGCGGUGAAGACGUUCACGUUCGACGGGAUCACGGGGAAGAACAUCUUUGUCGGGGUGCCAGGAGCGUUCACGGGGACGUGCAGCCGCCAGAUUCCAGGAUACAUCGAGCGGUAUGAUCAGUUCAAGGCGAAGGGUGUCAACGACAUCUACGUGGUCGCGGUAAACGAUGUCUUUGUCAUGAAGGCAUGGAAGGAGAAUCUAGCCAGCGGAGGCACGCCUGUCCGUUUUAUUGCUGACGACAGAGGGUCUUUCGUCGGAGCUCUUGGUAUGCUAUGGGAUGCCACCGAGCGCUUGGGAGCACCACGCUCAAAGCGCUUCGUGCUUGUGACAGAGGGAAACGAGAUCAACUUUGUCGCGGUGGAGCCUGUCACGUCGGAGUUGACUGUAACGGCAGCAGACAAAGUCCUUCCACUUGUAUAG